AUGCAAAGUUCAGGGAAUCGCGGGUUGUUGACGUCUUCUACAAGGAUAAUUCCUCGUGCUCUACGUCCGAAUUACACUCCUUUGUGUACUAGUCAUAAGGUAUUCGGACAAAAGCAAGCUACUGUUCCUACAAAGUUACGUAACAAACAUUUGCUAUCAACAGAUCAUCCAGCUUUUGGAAAGAAAAAGGCUUUUCCAUCCGAGAGGCCAUUUAAAGGACCUAUAAGCAUAUCGGGCUUUUUUGUGGCAGUAGAUCCAAAUCUAGCUGCUGGCCCACGUAAUCGAAUGAACCCUAAUGCCCAAUUAACAGUACGUGAUGGCGAUGGAAAUAUGUCACGAGUUCGAUAUCGUUGCUAUUUGGAGUCAUGUACUGGUCUAAAAUUAGAAGCCCUAAUACGCCUGCAGGUUGGAUGGAUAUCCCCUAAAGUUACAUUUUCUUCUAUUCCCUAUGUUAUUUAUCUUGGAAAGGGUUUUGAUAUUAGUAUUCCUUUCCUUAUUCAUUUUACUAUGGUUGCGGUAUUGGAUGAGCACGGUGACCGUACUGGUAGUUUUCUGUAUUUUAGUGGGACUCCUAUGCUUGGUUUUUCAGCAGGUCUCACACAAAUUCGUAAGGGAAAAUUAGUACUUAAUCCAUCAAAGAAGGUAGAUCCAAUUGAGGAAUCUAAACAAUUUUUUGGUAAGAUUCAUGUUAGACAAUUAGGCUUCGUCCUACUUAAAUGUCUAACCUAUGUGUUUUGCCUUCUUGCAUGUAUCCCAGCUUCACAGCGAGCUCUCCAGUAUAUGCUUCCUGAUCCUUUUCAUCGCCAUAGUGAGAAGGUUGUUUAA